AUGAAUCGCAACCGUAUCUUUUCCGCCCGCGAGGUCGAGGACCGCAUUGCUCGAGGCCAGACCAUCGUGAUAGCGGACAAUCGUGUCCUUCGACUGGACGGAUGGCUCAAGAACCAUCCUGGAGGAAUUCUAGCUGUUAGGCACAUGAUUGGCAGAGAUGCCACCGAUGAGAUUAAUAUUUACCACUCCGAAAAGACCCUCGCAACCAUGGAUAAAUAUAGAAUUGGCCGUGUUGAAGGGCCCUGGAUAAGUAUGACGCCUCCUAUCCGGGGUGGCAUAUUCUUUACCAUGGAUGACUCCAGCACCAGUUCCUCAGAUGAAGAGUCCCGUGGAUCUGAUACAAGCGUUACCUCGAUGGAAGACAUUAUGGAGACUCAGGAAGUGGCCAAGGCAGACAUCAGGAAGCGAGCAGCUUCACGCAAAGCUGAGAUGCAAGUCCAACAACAUAUGACGCCGGAAGAAUAUACACAAAGGCUGGUGCAGAAGGAGCUUGAUGAUGACCACCGCAACUAUCCCUCCCUAGAGCCGGAGACGCAGCGCCGUAUUGCUACCAAGUACAAGCAGUUGCACCAGCGUAUCAAAGACGAAGGCCUCUACGAUUGCCCUUACAUCGAGUAUGGAAAGGAGCUGAUACGGUAUUCCAUUCUCUUCAGCCUCUUUAUCAUCACCCUCAGGGCGGGGUGGUAUAUCCCAUCUGCAGUCUUUCUUGGCCUGUUCUGGCAUCAGAUCAUGUUCACUGCGCACGACGGUGGCCAUCUAGCCAUCACACACAACUUCGUCAUCGACACUCUCAUUGCCAUGUUCAUCGCGGACUUUUGCUGUGGACUAUCAAUCGGCUGGUGGAAAUCCAGCCACAAUGUCCAUCACCUUGUCCCCAAUCAUCCUGAACAUGACCCGGAUAUCCAGAAUAUCCCCUUCUUCGCAACAUCCCCAUCUUUUUUCAAAUCUCUAAGGUCCACAUACUAUGAUUUCGUCUAUGUCUGGGACGAGGCUGCCAACAUCAUAGGCCAAUACCAACAUAUCUCCUACUAUCCGAUCAUGGCUAUAGCUCGGUUCAACCUUCUUCUACUCUCCUGGAUGCAUCUGCUCUCUCCUCGCUCCGCUAGUUUUGGUGCCGUUGCCUGGACUAAACCAACUGAGAUCCUCUUCAUGGCUUGCUACUGGUACCUCUACGGAUACUGUCUUCUAUGGUGCAGCAUUCCAACUUGGCCCAUGCGCAUCGCCUUCGUCCUCAUCUCCCAUAUCAUCACCAUGGGCCUGCACGUCCAAAUAACGCUCUCACAUUUCGCUAUGUCUACCUCUGACGUGAGUGUUGCUGAAUGUUUUGCCCAGCGCCAGCUACGCACCACGAUGGACGUCGACUGCCCUGCGUGGCUUGACUGGAUCCAUGGUGGUCUCCAGUUCCAGGCCAUCCACCACCUCUUCCCUCGUGUCCCUAGGCAUAACCUGCGCAAACUGCAGGGCUGGGUCAAGGAGUUUGCUGAAGAAGUUGGCAUCGAGUAUAAAAUCUAUGGCUUUGAAGACGGUAACCGUAAGGUCUUGGGACGUCUUGGGGAGGUUUCCAAGCAGGUAGAGAUGCUGGUUCAGUGCCAGAAGUACAUGGCUGCUACUGGAGAGAGCGGUCUUCAUUGA